AUGGCAGUCAUGGCCUCCCCUCAACCAGAUUCGACUGCUGUCGACCAGAAACAAGCAGUCAAAAUGGCGUCACUUGGAGGCGAAGACUCAGUUGCCACCAGCAAUGGUGUUGAAGGACAUUCCCCGACGCAGAAUGGUGUCAAAUCGUCUCCGGAAGCUCAGAUAAAGGCCACGACGGAUUCAGCGACAGAGACCGAUGCGGAUACCGCCAAGCUUUCAUCCAACCACGCUCAGAACUCAGACGCAUUCUCCUCGAACAAGUCGAUCACAACCGAGCCUACGAUACCAACAACGGAUGACACAGAGAUGAAGGCAGAGGAACAGGAUGACAAGUCAAAGUCUGAGGCUGAGGAUAGCAAAGCACCUGCGGCCAAUGGAACGACUGCAAAAUCCGCCGAGGAUGACGUGAAAGACGAGUCAAAGUCACCGAGAGAGGAAGAGGAGGCCAAACCAGCUGCUGAAAGUUCAACAAACGAACAGCCAAAGUCGAACGAGUCCGUAGAAGAUGCUGCGGAAUCCAAGGAUACCGAAAUGUCAGAGGCACCGUCCACAGCACCAGAUGCGAAGACAGAGGCGAGCGGCGUCGUUUCUCCGAAGUCAGACACGAAAUCUGCAGCUCCAAAAGCAACCAAGGAAUCAGAAGAAUCGUCAACCACAAAGACGGGCGAGGCUAACGGUACAGAGGACAAUGUUGCCCCCGAAAAACAACCAACCUCGACCGACUCAAGCCUGAACCCUCCUAGCAUGUCGAACUUGGCUAUUGAUGCAUCGCAGGAUGCCAGUGUUGCUGAGAACCAAGACACUAGCAUGACAGAAGCUCCAUCGCAGACCAAUAAGGUUGCCCGUGAACGUGAGGAUGACAUACCUGACGAGCCUGCAGCCAAGCGUGCGAAGACCGAGUCUCAUGCGACUGAGCUCGACGGUGAGACUGUUACAGCCAAAAAAGACUCAGAAACACAACCCCAGGCCGACUCACAAAAAAGCUCAGCAGUUGCUGCCGACGAUAAGUCCGAGGCAGAAUUUGCCGAGGCAGAUGUGGCGCCUUUCGCCUCGGAACCCAUGGACGUUGAUCCUGAGGGCUGGGAGGAAUCCGCUCAGAAGCUGGUACCGAAACCCAUUAGAGCCCUACCUGGAAGCAUCAUGCACCCCACAUCCUACGAUAAACCGAUUUCCGAAUUUGCCAAUCGCGAAAUUCGAAGGGCAUUGGGCAGUGUCAAAAAGACCAAGGCAGGCGGCAAUUUCAAAGAUUCGGUUGCAAAGCUUUGGCCCGUACUGGCUGAAAGCUACAACAGCAAGGUCAAGAAGCCAAUGGAUAUCGGACUGAUGGAGCGCAACCUGCGCUCUGGAGUAUACAAGAACAUUGGCGAAUUUAAGGCCGAUCUCGACCUUCUGGUGCUAAACUCAUACUACUUCAACGGCGCAAUGCACGAUGUCACUAAGUCUGCCAUCAGCUUGCUUGAGAGCGUCCUUUACAAGCUUGUAGACACACCACUGGACGAGCUUAACAAACCAUCGUCGAGUCAAUCGAAAGCCGCCUCCUCGACAAGGCACGCAGAACCUCGGGCGGCCACACAGCCUAAACCUAAGCCGGCCCCCGCACCGGCAAAACCGCCCCCACCUCCUGCUGCUCCUGUAGAGAAGAUCGUUCAGGGCCCUAUUCACGCCGCGCCAGCGGCAAGACGGGACUCGAAAGAUGACGACCGGCCGAAGAGACCGAUCCAUCCGCCGAAGAAGGAGUUUGGCUACGACGGCAAAGGUUCCAAGAAGAAGAAACUCUCCCCCGACCUGAAGUACUGUGAUGACAUCUUGAAGGAUCUCGCGAAACCCAAAAGCCACGGAAUUGCUUGGAUCUUUGCGAAACCCGUCGACGAGACUCGUGACGGCGCUCCUGGCUACUACAGCAUCAUCAAAAAGCCCAUGGACCUGGGGACGAUGACAGCAAAGUUGCAGGAAGGCAAAUAUCGUAGUGCGGCCGAUUUCAAGGCUGAUUUCGACCUGAUGUUAAACAACUGCUUCACAUUCAACCCCGCGGGCACUGAUGUGCAUGCACUCGCUCGCAACCUCGAGGCGUACUUCCAAGACAAGUGGGCCGGCAUCGAUGCAUACGUCGCCAAGCAUGCGAGCAGAGCCCCAGCCCGUCGAACCUCCGCUUCUAGUCCCAGCGCGGGGAUCAAAGACGAGUCGGAUGACGAGGGCCCGGCUAGUGAGCCGGAGCCUGAGAUACCUGCGGCACACCUGGAUCAGAUUCGUGAGCUCAAGAAAAAGAUUGAUGCUGUUGAUGCUAGUAUUACAAAGCACAAAGAGCAAUACACCGAGGAGGUGGCAAACAGCGCAGACCCGUCUGACACAUCAAAGCUCGACAUUUUGAUGUCCAUCAUCCAGAUGCUUAACAAGGAUCUUGGAGACAAGAAGAAGAAGCUCGCCGAGUUGGAAGCCAGCACGCCUGCAUCCAAGCCAAAACCUGCCGCCAAGGCCAAGAAGGCUGCGGCAGCUGGCAAUGCACUUCCGAAUAAGAAGGCGGCUGGUGGCAACAAGAAAGCUGGUGGAGCAGGAGGCAAGAAGUCUAGCAAGCGUGUCAUGAGCACGAUUGAAAAGGAGGCGAUUGCCAACGGCAUCAAUGAGCUGGAUGGCACCUAUCUCGAGCAAGCUGUCGCCGUCAUCAAGAAGGACACCAACCAAGAGGAGAAUGGCGACGGCGAGCUGGAACUCGAGAUCGAACAGCUAUCGAGCGAUGCGCUCAACAAACUCUAUGAUCUCAUGUGUUCGGGAAUCAAGGGGUUCCGAGCGAAUGUAGAAUCGAUGGUGAGGAGCGCUCAAGCAACAGCUCCACCGCCGGCUCCAGCCCCAGCAGCUAUCGCCGGACGUGGACAGAAGCCCAAAAAGAACAAGCCCAUGGGCAAGGGUGAGCAGGAGCGCAAGCUUGAGCAUCUCGAAAAGCUCAAAGCUCAGUACACUGCGAACAAAGGCCGACAAGGCAGCGGCAGCCAGGAGCCGCCGGGUGCGAAUGAGCUUGCCUCACAUGAACCCGCAGAUGAAGAGGAGAGCGAAGUCAGCUCUGAGGAGGAUUAG